GUAUGCGGCGGAAAUCAAGACAGGCGCGUUAGUGUUAGCAUGUUGAUGCUGGUUGUGACUGCAGCAGUGCUGGGCUCCGCCGGGCGCCCGGCGGCCGCUGAACGCUGCGGCUUGGUGGCCAGCGGCCAACCGGAUCCCUUCGGGCUAAUGGCACAACUCAGCGGCAAUUUCGUCCCGCCCGUUCCCGUGGCGCCCGUGAAGCGGUCAAGUGCAAGCACGCAAUCGCCCAGCCCCAUUAACAAUCCUUGGAAUGUUUUUAACCGGCAACCAACCACCCUGGACAGCUUCAAUGCCUUUCAGCAGAUAAUGACACUGCUAGGCAAGCGUAGGAAGCGCCAGUCCGGACUGUACGAGCAGCUGACCCGUGUCCGCCGGGAAACGGAGGCGGUGAAGGCGCGAGUGCGGCGUAUCGUGGGCGGUUACGAUGCCAUCCCGGGACAGCUGUGCUGGCAGGUGAAGAUCCAGAUAGGCGACGUGCGCGACGAGACCAUCUGCGGAGGCACAAUCCUCGGCAGCCGCACCGUCCUCAUCGCCGCCCAUUGCCUUUACAACUCCGAAACACGGCGGCGCAUCUCUGAUCGAAACGUAAUUGUUGUGGUGGGCGGCAUGAACCGCGACGUGGGAGAAGUGUACGGGCAUGACACGACGGGCUGUGCGGAGCCCUUCGGCAUCCAGCAGUCUAUCGUCCACCCCAACUACAACUACGAUCUCAACGACAACGACAUCGGCAUCCUGAUCCUUAACCGACCCAUCGAUCUCGAUCACAAGCCCUGCGCCUGCAGCGCCUGUUUAACGGCCAGGACGCCGCAGGUGGCUGAAUGGUGCGUGGUUAGCGGAUAUGGCGAGGAAAGCAGCGACGGCUCCAAUGAUCGUGACCCGGUGCCACUGAAAUGGACUCAGCUGCAGAUUCGCCAUCAAGACUACAGCGGCAGCUGCGCCUUCAAUUCCUUCCCAGCGCGGGGAGGUUUCGGCGGACAGCGCACCAACCUAGAUUUGUUCCUGUGUGCCGGUGCCCAAAAAUGGGAGGAUACCUGCCAGGGCGACAGUGGCGGUCCGCUGAUCUGCCUGGACCCGGUGAAGAAGACGUAUUAUCAGGCGGGCAUCGUCUCCUUUGGGGACGACUGCGGUGCCGGCACUGGCGGCCAGUACACGCGCGUGGCCGCUUACAUACCCUGGAUCUUGGCCAAUACGGCCGGUGACGUCACUGUUGAUCUGUGAGCAAUCAAAUUUUUUUUGGGAAAGUGGAUUAAUUACCGCCGUUGGAACGUUUCGAUCAGCUUCGCUGAAAACAGUUGACUUUUGCAUAGCGCUAAUAUGCUACUAGUCUAAGACAUUAGAGCCAUUGUGGAUCAAUUAAAAGUGAUGCUCAAGCGGAUAGCAGUUUCGAUUUUUCCCUGUUCGCUCCAGCCGUUCCAUGUUUGGCAUCCGCACCAGGUGUCCGCACAUCUCCAUGCGGCAUGAGACCUGCAAUUAACGCGCAAUUUCCGCGGUCAUGCCUCUCAUACAACUUGAGACUAUUGCUUUUUUACAAAGGUUAGGCCUGAAAACUGUUUUAUAUAAAUUUUAAAAGUGUAA